AUGGCUAAUUAUAAAAGUAAUCCAUCAAAUUCAUUUUUUGCUUUCGAAGAUGAUAUAGACGAUGAGAAAUUUUUAAAAAAUUCAAGAAAUUUUUCAUAUACAAAUAAAUCAGAUAAUAAUACAUAUUAUACGUCACCUCAGGGUAGUUUCGAAGAAAGGAAAGCACAAUUGCUUGAAAGGCAAAAAGCAAUAGAAGACCAAACCUUAGCAUCAACUGAAAGAUCAUUAAAUCUUCUUAAAGAAUCUGAAGAUACUGGAAUUGCAACAGCUGAAGAAUUACAAAAGCAAAGGGAACAAUUGGAAAGAGCUGAUAAAAAUUUAGAUACUAUUAAUUCAGCAUUAAGGACAACACAGAAAAAAAUUGAUGGAAUUAAAAGUGUAUUCGGUUCAUUUAAAAAUUAUUUAACUAAGAAAAGUGAUCCAUUGGGAGGAUCAUCAAAAUCUUCAUCUACUACUACUACUACUACUUCUUCUAAUUCCAUUACUCCAAUCGAUAGGAAAACAUUUUUUACUGAAAAUAAUUCAUCUGAUGUCCCACAAUCUACUCAUCCAGGUUUAAAAAUUAGAGGUUUAGAUGAAACACCUGUCAAUUCAUUAUCGAUAAAUGAAAGAAUUGAUAAAAAUUUAGAUCAGAUGUAUGGAAACUUAUCGACAUUAAAAAAUUUAGCACUCGAAUUGGGUACAGAAAUAGAAUAUCAAAAUAACUUAAUUGAAGAUAUAACAUACAAAGCAGAUAAAGCAGACAUAACAAUCAAAAAACAAACAAAAGAAAUGAACAGGCUAAUGAAGUAA